GAAGCGUCAGGGGACUGUACACAGAGGAGCAAUGUUAGCUAACGUAAGCUAGCAAGCUAACAGCUGGUAGUGGCUGUUUUAGUUUGCGUUAAGUUAAAGAGAUUUCAUAAUAUAAUGCAAUUUGAUACAAGUCAAUAGGUUAGUUUCUCUCCAAAAACGGUAGGGAAAUGCCACCAAAAAGAGUCAAAAGCGGGACAGUGUCUGCUGCUGGUGCAACGGCAGUUGGAAACAAGGCUUGGGAAACUGGACUCAGUACUGCACCAUUUGAGGAGGAGACUUGGAAGGCCAGCAUUUCUCUGGUGGUGGGAGAGAGGCUGGAGGAUGAGGAGCUGAUCGGUGCUCUGCUGCUGGCUGUACAGCAGCCCCUACGCAGGCUCUUCAGUGUAGUCACCUGGGACGCCACCCUAGAAAAGAUCCAUGAACUGGGAAACCCAAAAAUCAAGAAGACCAAGGAUGCACCCAUGUUUUAUGAGGUGAUGGAGGCAGCCAAGGUCCUGCUGGAUGCAGGAGAGGAGCUGCCCUGUGACCUGCUGGGUAAACUGCUCAAGUUCCAGCUCCUGGGAGUCAAGACCAACGACCAGCAGAGGAGAGCCGCAGAGAUGAGGGCUGCUGAGGAGAAGGCUAAGGGCAAGGCUGGCAAUGCCUCCCCAACCAAAGACAAAGGUGGUGCCAAGCCUGCUGCUAAAGGUGACAAGGGGAAGAAAGGGUCAGAGCCCAGUGCCCCAACCAAGGACACCAAGCUGAAAAAGAGAGGCGAGGAGGAUGAGACCAACAAGUACAUAGACGAUGAGCCAGACGAUGGUCCUCAGCACUACGUCCUGGUGGUGGGCUUCCAGCAGGCUCAGCUGGUCUCUGUGCUGGACAGCCUGGGGGUCCAUGUGUCCAACGUUAUCAAGCUGACCUCACAGAGACCAGACCGGCCAGAGGGAUCACUGGAGGGGAGUGAUGCCAAACCCCUGGAUCGGGCUAAAUGCUGCUGUUGUGUUCCUGUAGACGCGGAGGCUAACAUUAGGAGAAGACAGCGGGAGCAGUUCUGGGGUCAGUUGGAAGGGGUGCUAAACAGUGGCUCAGCCCUCUCCAAGCUGUUUGAUGUGGCCCGCCUCAGUCUCACCGCUAAAGAGAUCCUGUCACCACAAGACAAGGAUAACCCAGAGGCUAUGCUUGGGUUUGGGACACGUCUGUUUGAGGACGUGGCGUGUCUGAUCUAUGACUGUCUGGACUGGAGGAGACAGCAUCAACACUACCUCAACAACAUGAGACUGGUCCAGGUGCCCUCUGUCACCAGGGCUGGGGCACGCACCACCCAGGAGAACCCUGCAGAGAUGGUUCAGACCACAACGCCUCAGACACCUGGGUCCAAGAAGAGACAAGCCCAAGAGGAGACCCCUCCAGCAGACCCUGAACCGGCUGCUCUGAGUACUGAUGUGGACAUGCGUUACUAUAACGACCUGCUGGACCAGAUCCCUCCUGAAGCCUCCUCUGUUCCCCUCAUACUACACUGCAUGCUGGAGCAGGUGGUGGCCACCGAGCAGGACAGCCCUCCCCUGUCUGCAGCAGGCUCCGAGAAGGGACUUUACAGCUUGGAGAAGAGCCUGGCAGACUACAUGCUGUCUGCUGUCAUUUCUCUGCCUCGCUCAGACCAGGAGAAGAAGAAGUUGAGGGAGACGUUUGGUGCUGUGGAGAACACCCAGCAGAAGACUGAGCACCAGAGACCUCUACUGAUCAACUGUCAUGACGAGAGAGCCCUGAGACUGCACCACCUGCCUGUCCAUAACAGCUUUGAUGUGGUGAAGACAGAGAAAGAGAUGAUGAGAAACUCUCCGGUGUGGAAUCUUCUCUGCUCCGUCCGCCCCCUGAGUGGAAAUAGAACCAGACUGGCCCGCAUCCAGGAGCUCACGCACUACUGCACCGACGAGUCUCUGAGCUGGCCGGAGGUGGAGAGAGUGGUCAGACAGUUUGUGUUUGAGAGCAUGCCCCUGACCCAGCUGGAGGAGGGGGGCCUACUGACCUCUGCUGGUUCCCCUCAACCUACCUGCCUGCCCUGGGACGACCCUGUCAGCUUCGCCAAGAACUACCUCAGACACAGCAACAAGACACAAGGCGCACGGCAUACAGAGACUAGUUUGAGGAGAGGAAUAUCCUACCACCUGUCAGACAGCGCCAGAGUAGCUCCUCAAAAAGCCUUUAAAGCGUUCCAGCAGGAUGAAUCAGAGGAGAGUUUGUCUGAUGUAGUAGAUGUGACUGAGAUCCAGAGAAGCCGGGUGCGAUCGCUCAGAGACUGGCACUAUACUGAGCACCACAAUGCCAAUGUCUUUCCCCAGAUUCUCCAGUCUGCCUCUCAGUCCUACCGCUGCAUGGACACCUUCUGUGGUAGUCUGGACAACACCCUGUUCAUCGUCUGUCACAAUCCCAUGAGCCCUCAGCGCCAGUGCAAGGAAUUAUGGGACAUGGCCCUCCAUACCAACGUCGGGUUCAGGAAAUACCUUGAGCACGUGGCAGACUCUAUAUCUGACUGGACCAAGGAGGAGGAGGACAAGUGGCUAGCUCUGCAGGCCAAGAGAGAGGCAGACAAACUGAGAGGGCCCACCCCGUCUGACUCCUCAGAGAAAGGCAGGACAGAGUCGGCUAAGGGCACCAAGAAGGACACUGUCUCACCAAAACACACUGCAAUGUUGUGUCCCUGUCCACCUGAAGCCUCCCCAGCCAAGUCUCCUAUCCCAGAGGAACCUCCUCCCUGUCCACCUGAAGCCUCCCCAGCCAAGUCUCCUAUCCCAGAGGAACCUCCUCCCUGUCCACCUGAAGCCUCCCCAGCCAAGUCUCCUAUCCCAGAGGAACCUCCUCCAGACCAGUACAUCAGGGAAGACUCACUCAAAGCGUGGAAGCUAGAGCAGAGCAGACAGAAGGAGGAGGAACAGGUGAAGAAAGCUAAGAAAGAUAAAGGUGGGAAGGGAGCGGAGCGCGCCGACUCGUCCAAGGAGAACAAGAAAACCACCCCCUCGACCACUAAGAAGAGCAGGGAGGACGUGAGCAAGACCCCUGACCUGGCUGUGGGGACCCCUGGAGGCCAGAGAGCAGAGCUGCAGUCGCCUACCGACGUCUUCACUGGUUUCACUGGGUACAGCAUGGAGGGGCAGCUGAUCCAGGUCUCAGGCCAGCUCCAUUCCCUUUACCCCUCUGACGGAGGCCACAUCCAGGUGGAGACCAUCCACUUUGUGCAGGGGUCGACGCUCAUCAAAGUGUGUGUAAUGAAGGACAAGCAUCAUUUCUACACCCACAUCACCCAGCCAAACAGACACCACGCGGUCCACAUGGAGACACAGAGUCCGGCCAAUAAGAGUGUGAGGCUGGGCUCCUUCUCAGCUGUGCUGGACAACGGCAUCCACCUCUCCUACAGUCGCUACGGCCCAACUGGGGAGCAGGGUGAGAUGCAGGCUGGUCAGGACUCUGAUCUGGACAUGCCCACAGACUCCAGUCUCUCCCCCGCCCCCUCGACCCUCCUCUCCUCCUCAUUCUCCAAUAAGAAACUCAACUCCUCCCACAGCUCCAAGGGGGUGGAGCCGCCCAGAGAGACCAACAAGUCCCCAACACCCAGAGAGGAAAAGGAGCAGACCAGAGAGAGUGAGAGUCAGGCAGCAUUACCUGGCAGUGCUCCGUUCCAGAGACUAAACGUCUCCACCCCUAGUGGUCUGCUGCUGCAGUUCCUCAGUGAUGAUACAGACGGCAGUACUCCAGAGGGUCAGUGUGUGUUGGUGAGACAGAGUUUCCCCCUACACUGCAGUGACAGUAGAGAGCUUCACCUCACAGACCCAUCGUUACACAGUGAGCUGUCUAGGGUCAUCACUGGUCAGGGCACCGUGGUCAAGUACAUGAGAGACGGAUCAACACAGGUGCUGUUUGCAGACAGUUCCGUCAGUACCUGUACAGAGUCAGGACCCAUCAUCUCCUCUCCUCCUGAACCCGUUGCUAAGGAGGACGAGGUAGUGAAGGAGACUCAGACACCAGAGAGAAAAGACAGCAAGGACAAGAAGGGUAAGCUGGGCUCCAAGCAGAGCCUGGGGGCUGACCAGAGUCAAAGUGACCCCGAGCCCAGGGAGGACCAGAGGUCGUCAGGCCAGACCCAGGCCAGACAGGGGGUCUGUUGGACCACCACCAGCCCCUCCGGACACAGAGUAGCCACCAUGGGGGACCAGACCACAGACCCUGGCCCCGUCCUGGCCUUCAGAGCCACAGACCCUGUCAGUCAAACUGUUGUGAUCACGCGGGAGGACAAGGUGAUAUCUGUGCUGGACAGAGACGGGACGGUGAUCGUGGACCAUGCAGACGGAACCAGGAUCACUACCCUGUACCAGGAGAGAGAGGCUCUCUGUGGCUGGUCCCAUCAACACAUUAACACAGGGGAGAGGUCCAGCAGCAGUGUCUGUCAUAAGGAGAAGGUGGUGAUGGUGGAGCGGCUGGGGUUUGCCACGGUAGCCAUGUUCAGCGAGGACAGGUCCUGCAAAGUGUUCUUUGGAGACGGAAGCGUCGUCACCGCCACCUGCAACGGAGCCUACCACGUGUACCCGUCCAGUGUAGGUCUGCUGUUGAUCAACCAGGACGGUAGUUGUGUGUACAGGUCCGACCCUGAGCACAGCCCAACCCUGAGUCUGGCCAGCUGGAGUCCCAGAGAGCAGCCAGGCAGCUACAGGAUGGACCACACCUCCACCUCAGACACACUGUGUGAGGUCACAGACCACCACGGGAACCUCUUCCAGGUGAUGAAGGAUGGCCGGACGUCAGUGGAGAUCUCUAGCCCUCUGGACAGCAGAGUGGAAGAGGAAGAGAUGGAGGAGGAAGAGAUGGAGGAGGAAGGAGGGCAUCCAGAAGAGAGAGAGUUGGCCAAGCAUUAUAUUGGACGUAAAGUCCACAUUCCAAGGUUGUUCAUGGCCCAUGAGGAUGGUUCAGGCACAGAGCUGCUGUACUCUCAGACAGUAGAGGAACGUCUGUAUGAGGACUACUCUGACCCUGCUGUCGCCCUGCUUAAAGAACCCCUCCCAGACCUACAGGGUGUGCUGGGUAUAACGGUGCUGAGACCCUGUCUUCAGGACGUGUGGUCCAGAUGGGUCAUCCAGAAACAAAACAAGGAUAUCAUCCCCACUAACCUCAAGUCCCGCCGCUGGGACAACUUCCCCUCAGUAGAGAGGAAGACGCCAGGCCCUCCGUUCGGGACCACCCUGGGCCGGGGUCUGACCCUGAGAGAGAAGCCUGUUUCUGAGGCCUGCAGGCCCGUGCUGAGCUGUCCUGAUACCCUGGAGGUCCGACAGCUGCUCCAGUACCAGCCGGUCAGCAGACAACUCCGCAGGACUCUGGAGUCACGCCUCAGGGAGUACAUGGAGCAGGUUGUCCAGAGAGAGAACCUGUCAGAGAAGAUGCAGUUGAAGGACCCUCGUACUGAGGAGGAGAAGGUCCACGCUGCUGACCUGCUCAAACUGGUCCUGUCACUUCCAGAGUCAGAGAACCCCACUAUAGAGAACAGAAUCUUCCCCGUGGAUGUAGCCACCAUGUACACCCAGGCACUGAUGACUCCAGCCCUGCAGACUGAGGCCUCUCUCUCAGAGAAAGACACAGACAGCUUCAGUGAAGAGGCACAGGAAACUAUGUGGAAGAGCAGGAUAGAGCAACACAGACAGGAGCUGGACCAGGAGAAGAUGUACAGAGAGGCUCUAAGGAACAGAAUCAUUCCUCCGUAUUUCCACUCAGAGAAAGGAGCAGGUUUUGAGUACUCAGAGGAGGUCCCUGAUAUGAGAUCUCUGUCUCAGGACCUUCCUCCGUUCCCCAAGACUCCCAACUCCCAGAACUACCUCAAGGAUGCCCCACGAGAGACAGCCCAGCGACCUCUGAACCCCACGCCCUCUCACGCAGCAGGAAGUGAUGCGCUGCCUGUCAGGAGACCCACCAACCCCACCCCUCAAACUGCAGUGGAGCAGCAGCAUGGUGGUGGGAUGGAGCCUGGCAGUACCCAGGUGGACGUGGCAGGGAACCCACGCAGACACAGAGUCAAGCUGCCAGCCUCCAUCCUCAGCUCCAAACCCUUCAGCGUGCCCAACCAGCAGUUCCUGUGUGUAGAGGAGCCGGUGAGGAGGAAGGUGAAGACAGUGUCUGUGACGGGGGGGCAGCAGCUCGCCCCGCGGGGGUUUGAGCUCCUCCCAGCAGAGGUCCAGUUUGGGACCCUAAAGGAGGGCUGCACCUACAGCGUCCCGGUGCUCAUGAAGAACGUGGGCUUCCACACCUGCAGAUUCAGCGUGAAACAGCCUUCCCCUGGUACUGGAAUCAGAGUCAUCUACACCCCUGGACCUGUGGCUGCUGGGAUGAAGACAGAGCUUCAGGUGGAGCUGUAUGCCAUGGCUAUAGGUCUGGAGGAGCCUGCAGAGGGAGAGGUCUACGUCUCACACCACAUCCACAUCAAGACUGAGAGUGAGAUCCUCUACCUGCCUGUCUCAGCUACCAUCCUCCCUGAGCGUCUGUAUGACAGCAGGACCAAGGAUCAUACCAACUGGCUCCAGACAGGGGUGUCCAAGGUCCGCCUCAUCUCCUCCACCCCCUCAGUCAGACGUGGAGUGGUCCUCCCUCACAGACCUCUUCUCUCCACCACCGGUGAAAUUGAAUGAGACGGAUUGAGACAACUUCAAUAAAACCGUGCGUUGGUGUUUUAGUCACAUAUUACCAUUGUUGGAUGGCUUUUAAAUAUAAUCAAAUUAAUCUUAGGAAUAAAGAACAGUGAUAUGACA